AUGCCUCGCAGCAGAUCUUCCAAAAAGGUCAAGACAAAACACCACGGCGCCAAAGCCAAAGCCGGUGGCGAUCUGAGCCAGGCUGAAAUCUGGGACGAUUCGGCACUCAUCAGAUCAUGGAAUGAUGCUGUCGCAGAAUACGAGUAUUAUCACAGUAUCCACGCCAAAGGUGAAGAUGUAGAAGAGAUUCUACGUCGAGCCGAAAAUGGUGAACUCGAUGAUGAAGAUGUUGGUGGUGGUGGCGGCGGUGGCGGUGGCGCCAGCAAAGGUGUAUCUGGAGAAUGGCACGAUGUCGAUCAGAAUAACGUGACCGUACAAGACGCAGUCGACAACGACGACGAUGAUGAGGUUGAAGACGGAGAGGUCCCUGACGAUUCGGAACUUUUGGCGGCGAAAACAGCAUUGACACAAAGAGUUACGUCUGAAGCAAGUCAAACAGGUCAUGUCGAACAGCGAGAACGAUAUCAACAACCUACAGCCACAACGACGAAGGUGGUAGACUCGUCCACGACCUCAUCGAUACCCACUCAACACGACCACGCGGGAUAUCAAAACACCAUUCAAAAUACCACGCCGACGAUGGGACCAAAUCUACCAACCACGAAUGAACAAGAUCCAGAUCCAAUUUCUACUACAGAUCAAACUUUGGAAAACAUCAAAAUGGCGUAUUACUGGGCGGGUUACUAUUCGGGUCUUCACGACGGCCAACGUCAGUCGAGACAGGGGGGUGGUGGUGGUGGUGUUUGAAGGACCGACAUUGUCAAAUUUGGAUCUUGAAACGAAACCCGGAAAAGAGAAAGACCGAUAAAAACGUGUGGGUUUUUCCCUGUGACUGACUGACUGACUGACGGGAAACCGACAAAACGAAUCAUCCAUGAAAUCUUUCCAAUUGGGGAGACCGAAACAGUGACGUUUUGAAGUUUGAAUACGUCCAAGGUUGUUCUUAUUUCCAAAGAAUCCCGACGGUUGGAAGGGACCGGGGGUUCAGCAAAAUUAAUUAUCCUAUUCGGAGGACAGGGUUUCUAUGGACUUGUGGAAAUCCUACAUGUACGUGUGUAUAACUCGGCCUCACCUCACCUCCUUUCGUCACGACAAAGAAGUCGUUCAAGGGUGUCCAAACGCCACAAAAUACCCGUUGGGUACGAGAAGACGCGCAUCGGAUCCGAAUCGAAUGGAACCAAGAAUUCAGGAAAAGACAACAAAACACACACACACACCACACAAGACCCAUCUCGCAUGUUUCUCGUCGGAAAUGAACGAUCCGGGGGGGUAAAAAAGGUGGUGGGAUCUGGGGUCAAAUGUAAAACCACAUUUCGGUUCUUUUUGCAAGACUUUGCAAAACGACAAAUGUUCCACGCAUGUCGGAUCGAGUCUCUCGCCCAGCAAAAGGCAAGAAAACACUUCUGGGGCCGUGGAAUAUGGAAUAGAAAAAGCAGCACAUUUUUGUAUAGGCACCCAGAAAAGGAUCGGAGCUGACAGAGUGAAGCAAAGUGGAUGGACAGAACCAACACAUCCAUGAUCCCCCAGUCAUCACACCACACAAUGGACAUGAUGUGCUCGCGAUCAAUAGAAACCCGACUGGAGCCAUAAGAGAGGAUACUCAGCUACGGCACUUUUGACACUGUACAUGGGCCGUCGC